CUGUCAUCAGAUCCUUCAACAUCAACCGCCGAUACAUUAUUAGUAAUCUGGCAUUUAAUUAAGCCCACCUUCAACAUGCAGUUCCUCCUUCUCCUCGCUGCAACUUUGAGUCUCGGUGCAGGAGCCCUGGCUUCCCCUGCACCGGUUCCUAAUAGCCUCGAUUCGCGGGCUUAUCAUUGGCAUGGCUGUGGCGCCGGCAUUGAGUGCCAUUCUGCCAGUGACUGUUACGCGUCCGAGGAUUGCUUGAAGUAUGCUCUUGGUAGCACCGACAAUAUCCACUGUGGUCAAGAUAGUUACCCCACAGCUUGCUGGGCGGAAUGGACCGACUAGCUGCUGGGCUCUGUGGUCUCUGGAUCAGGGUUCCGCUUGUAUCAAGUGCGAGCUGUGCGAAGGUAAUAGUGAGGAAGUUUCCCUAAGGUAAUUUUUGGGGUUUAUGGUAAUUGUGAUGUUUUAAAAACACUCGUUGCAGAAAAGAUUGAAUACGAGUACAAUUUGAAGAACCAGGGCAUGUGAAAAUCUUUUGUAUUUCUCCGGUAUCAUGAGAGCGAUAGGAGAAAUCCUAGGCAUCCACCUUUAUCAGCUAAGAUUGAAUUCAAUUCGACAAUUGUGAAUGUAACUCACCUUUGUAUUUCUCUUCAAACAUGGUAGCCCCUGGAGACAGCGACUACUGCGAAGGAAGGCCGGAGUUGAUUGUGCAUUGUUCAUAAG